AUGGGAUUUUCAGGGAAGCCUCAAGUUGUCGAUGGUGGGAUAGAAUCCGAAGGAAAACGAUGGGUCAUCGCUGGAAUUCCUUCCCGAGCCCAGUUGACGACCAUUUUCACUACCCCACCCGAUAAGGAUCAGACCGAUAACGCAGCUGAGGAGGGUUGCAAGACACCGACUUCGGAAGAAUCCAAAAUUCCAACCAAACUCACGUGCCCCCCGCCGCCGCCCAGGAAGCGGAAGCCUUCUCUCAAGUGCAAUUACGGUGCUAAUAGAGAGUUCUUCACUCCCCCGGACCUGGAAUCCGUUUUCGUGAGGCGCCAUGUCGAGAAGGCCAAUUGA